AGGUGCCGGGAGGGGCGACCAGCGCAGGGCGGGUCGGGGUUUCCGCGUGGGGCUUUCGCCGGCGCGGCGGUCGGCGCUGGUGUUCUGGGAAACCCUUGGCCGCUCCGCCCGGCAUCCCGGUGGUCCCGUGGGCUGCUGCGGAUAGGCAUCGGCCGGCGGCAGCCGCGCGAGCCGGAGUUUCCCGGUUAUCCGCAGGAGUCUGCGUCGGGCUUUGGUCGGCACCGGCGGGGAGCAUCCUUCUCCGGAGAACCCGCCCCGAGCCCAGGAAAAACAAAAUGAAGGAACUAGUCUCAAACAGUACAACCAGUAUUUCUCAAGCCAGGAAAGCUGUGGAGCAAUUAAAAAUGGAAGCAUACAUGGAUAGAAUAAAGGUAUCCAAGGCUGCAGCAGAUUUAUUGGCAUAUUGUGAUGCACACAUUGGAGAAGAUCCCCUUAUUAUUCCUGUACCUGCAUCUGAAAAUCCCUUUAGGGAGAAGAAACUCUUUUGUACUAUACUUUGAGUCAGUUUUCAAUUAAAAAUGUCAUCUGCUAAAACUUGGUAUCAGUGUUGCAUGCUUUUAGCAAUUUUUCUUAAGAUGUCAAUACUUACCCCAUAACUACAAUAUUUUUGGAAGGUUGUGCAAUUUUGGCUAAAAAAACCCUAAAAUAAAAAAAAAAAAAAAAAAAAAAAAAAAGAAAAAUUCAAGGUAAUGCUUAUCUUUCGGAGCAAUGUACAAGUUUAAUUUCAGUUCUUCAUAAAUAUUCUUUUGGUCUUAGUACCAAAGUACAUACCAAGUACAGUAUCAAAUUAUAGAUAUUUUUGCUAGUAAUAGAUUUUUCUGGGAUCUAAAUGAGUCAUAUCAAUUCUUGAAGCUAUUUUUAACAUUCUUAUUUUCUCUGGAAGGUGAAUUCAAUUCAAUUGCCUUUACAAAUUUCUAUCUAAAGAGAGUAGUGUGACCUUUUCCUCAAGUAGCACUACUGAGGAAAAAAUCCCAAUGAUUUAGUGUUUAGAAUGAUUGGUCUUGUACAGUAAGUGAUGUCUAUAAAUAUGUUUUCUGAAGACUGUAAGAAACUUGACUACAAAAACAAUCCUAGUAAAGUGCCAUUGUAGCUAUGAGCAGAAUGAAGAUGUAUAGUCACACAUCAGGAUUACAUCAAUAAAAAUGUAGAAAAAU